AUGUCAGCUGUCAAUGACACCACCUUCACACACGCCGUGUUCCUUCUCACCGGGAUACCUGGACAGGAAGACAUCUAUCUCUGGAUAGCUGUCCCCUUCUGCUUCAUGUAUGCUACUUCGAUAGUAGGCAAUUCAGUCAUUCUGUUCAUUGUAAAAACAGAUCCAAGCCUGCAUGAGCCCAUGUACAUUUUCCUUUCCACAUUGGCCAUCACAGACCUAGGCUUAUCUCUAGCCACCAUGCCGACGAUACUGGGCAUGUUCUUGUUUAACUCCAGAGAGAUCUGCUUCGAUGCUUGUUUGGCCCAGCUGUUCUUCAUCCACUUCUUUCAAUGCAUUGAAUCUUCUGUGCUUUUGUUGAUGGCCUUUGACCGCUUCGUUGCCAUCAGUAACCCGCUCAGAUACACAUCCAUUUUAUCCCCGUCUAGAAUAGGCAAGAUGGGGCUGCUGUGUGUGCUAAGAGGAUUGAUUGUAAUGCUGCCACUCACCAUUCUCCUGAAAUGGUACCGAUACUGCCGAGCCAACGUCCUCUCCCACUCCUACUGCAUGCACCAGGACGUCAUGAAGAUGGCUUGUUCAGACAUCAGUGUCAACGUUAUCUACGGCCUGUUUACUAAAGUCUUAACAAUGGGGUUGGACUCACUGCUCAUCUUCCUGUCCUAUGUGAUGAUCCUCAAAACAGUCCUGAGCAUCGCGUCCCGCACGGAGACCCUCAGGGCCCUGAACACCUGCGUCUCCCACCUCUGCGUGGUCCUGCUCUUCUACAUUCCAGACAUCAGUUUGAGUGUGAUAUACAGGUUUGGGAAGAGCUCUUCUCUGUUGCUUCAACUGCUCCUGGGUUUCAUCUCCCUACUGGUUCCACCCCUGAUGAACCCAAUCGUGUACAGCGUGAAGUGCAAACAGCUUCGUGCACAGCUCAUCAGGGUAUUUGUCAAGUGA